UUGUUUUCCUCUCCUUUCGGAUGCGAGUACGAGUGGACAUCAGUAUCAGUGGAAGACAGUGAAGCAGCAGGAAAAAAAGAUUGAUAGCAAAAAGCAGAAUCUUCAGAAGGUGGUCGGACACAUUUUGAUAAGCAGGAGAAGUGCGGUGCAUUUGUGUGUCAGGAUUUCCUUCAGCCACCAAGGAUGCUUCCUCCGGGAGUGGAGAAAUUUGACGAAUCGGAAUUCUACGUCGAAGGUGAGUGAGAAUCUACCAAACUUCGGCUAAUAUGAUUUGGCCCCGUUGCAACCGCAGAGCACAUCUACCAAAUAAGAUAAAACCAGAAACACACCAGCAUUAUCAAACCAAACGCUUCGUUAAUCUUCAGCAAUUGAGCAAGACUGAUUUACGCUAAAACUUAGCAAACACUCACUCCAGACAGAGCACUCCUUAGCACCCAACAAGAACUAAAAAAAAAAUGUCCUACUCAAACGGUACCCAGCUCAAAUCGUCCUCUUCCGCGGGUCCCACUGGCACCACCAACAACAACAACAACAACAACGGUGGCGGUCCUCCUCGUCAGCCGCUGCCAGCGCCGGGACGACCGCAGAGCUACAGCUACAGCAGGGACUCCGAUCGGCUGCAGUGGGAAAUGCGCCCGGCCAACCGGACCCCGAACACCACUCCGGUCAGCACGGUUCUCAACUCCCCGGACCUAACCGAUCUGGACACGAAGCUACGCUACCAACACAGCACCCUGAUGCAGCACCAUCAGAUCAAGGUCGGUCGCAGUCCGGUCGGCAGUGGCGGAAACAACGAUAGCAAUAACUCCACCAAUCCGUCUAGUCCGACGCUGCAGCCGUCGCAACCGGGCCGUCAUCAAGCGGACGCUGCCUUUUCGUCCUUCUCGUUGCUCUCCGACGGGGAGAUGGUCGUGUUUGACGAUAUCGAUACGACGAUGGGUUUGAACCGCAACUGGAGGAUGAGUGGAGAUCGGGAUAUUCUGGGGAGUUCACCGGUGCCUUCCGAAAGCGAGAACGAGGAAGAGGACAAUAGUUGUGCUUCCGGGGGACAGGAAGGUGGCGGGAGAGAUGACGAGAGGAAUUACUACGAUGUGGACAGUUCGAAGAUCCAGAGGAUCAUCGGAGGUCUGACGAUUGCGGAAUACGAAGGAUCACCGCGAAGGUUCGGUAUGGUUGACCGGGAUGAUUUUGGUGGAGACGGAGGCGGUGGCGGUGGGUUUGGAGGUGGGAGAUCUGCUGGAAUGCCUCGACCGGGAUUUCCGAAGAGAGUGAUUUCGCCCAGUCCCCAGGCUUCGCCGACCACCGACAGUCAGUCGGAGUUGAUCGAUCUCAACGACGAUGGUGACGGGUCCCGGUUACGGACCCUCUCCAACGAGAGUAAGUUCAAUCUAACCUAUGUCGAUUAUUUCACCUCCACCAACGACGAGCUGUCGUUGAUGGAAGAGGGUGAGCAGAACAAUCAAACUCCGACUAAUCUACUAACCAAUAUCGAUAAUGGUGACGAAGGCGGUGGUGGUGGAAACGAUCAGGAUUAUUUCUUCAGCUAUAACGCUACUAGUACUAACCGAAAUGCUCAAAGUAACGCUUAUGUUGCCCAGCGGCUGGCCACAAAGUCCAAUCGCUCCGGAUCCGGACAAGAGGAGCCCGGCGACGAAGACGACGAUGAUGACGAACAGCAAUCCAGUACCCCGAUCGGGAGUCAUUUGAGCAAUAACUACCCAUACUAUCAUAAGCACAGUAACAACCAAUACCAUUACGCUAACACUAAUGCACAACAGCAAGCGGAGUCGCACAAUCAACAGGAACGUUACUAUCAUUCGCAUUACGCUUCUUCACAUCAUCAUCAUCAUCACCAUCACCAUCAUGGUUUCGGGACAGGAACAACGGGUGGCGGUGGUGGGGAAGCGCAGGACAUUGAACUGUUUAUCGAUUCCGGUAGUCGCAGUGGAGGGGAGUCGGAAGCGGAACAACAGCAGCAGAAGCAACAGCAGCAGAUGCAUCAUCACCAACAACAACAACAUCAGCAUCAGCAUCAGCAUUCCCAUCAUAUGGACAGUAAGAUUCGGAGCUUUACGCUUUCUCCGGAAACAACCGAUUACGAUUCCAACUGCGGGGAUCUGGACUCUGAAGUCUCCCUGCGGUACAUGGGAAAUGAAUACGGGCUUUCCGGUGACCUUAAUGGUCUGUCCGGGCAUGUCGGAAGCGGUGGCAGCGGCGGUAACGAAAACGUAACCGACUACGGGCGACUCUACAGCAGUAUGCCGAUCCUGGAAGAUGGUCUCUCCAGUGGACAUGCUUCCGAUACCGAAAACAAUGUAGCUCCUCCGUCCCUAUCGGGUAUCUCGAUCGUGAUGGACCAACUACAACUGCAGCAGCCUGACGAUCCCUCGGCAAUAGAGCAGGAAACCGGAUAUCCCUUCAUAUCUUCCAUUCAGAUGGGUGCCGAGCAGGUCUGUCGAACGGACGUGGAGCAACAACAACCGCCGCAGCUGGAUUCAAGCGAUGAAGUUCAGGAAGCGAUCAAGGACAUCAAGGCAGCGCUGCAAAUGACCAAAAUAUUGCCCUCUACGGAAGGUACCUCAGUGUUAGAUCCGGAACAAGAUGGCAGGAAUGACGUCUCACCGGUGUGGGUGCCCAGAUCUUUCGACAAGUCCCGGGAAAGCUUGGACUCCGACCAACCGGUCAAACUGCUGAGUGCAGACGAGGAAGAAGCCGACACCGACUUGGAGACGGACCGCCUCCUCGGUCAACAACGAUUGGAUGACCACGGAUUUGGCGAUGAAAAGAGCUGGGCCGAUCGGUCCAAGGUUCGAUCGAUCCGCUCGCCGUCCAUACCGUUGAUCAGCAAAAACCACACCGCCAUCAGGGCCGGUGUGGGAACGCAAAUUUCCGCCGAAUCUCCAGUGAACAACGUGGGCAUUACGAAUGUGUACGGCAACGGUGGAACCAUCCCGGUGGGAUCGGACAAGGAGGAAUUGAAACAGCAGCAGCAGGAGGCCUCUCCGGACGAAAAGAGCCCGGUCCUGAAGAGUGAUCCGGACAAGAAAGGAAAGUGUAAAACAAAAGAAGGUCUCCUGGACCCGGCAGUCCUCAUCGAGGGAGUCCUGUUCCGGGCGCGCUACCUCGGUUCCACCCAGCUCGUUUGCGAAGGCCAACCAACGAAAUCGACUCGCAUGAUGCAGGCCGAGGAAGCCGUCUCCAGGAUCAAGGCACCGGAGGGUGAAUCUCAGCCGAGCACCGAAGUUGACCUGUUCAUUUCGACCGAGAAGAUCAUGGUCCUGAACACGGAUCUCAAGGAGAUCAUGAUGGACCACGCUCUCCGGACGAUUUCCUACAUUGCCGACAUCGGUGACCUGGUGGUUCUGAUGGCUCGGAGGCGAUUCGUCCCACAGGACGUGGAUCCGGGAGAUCCGGCAGCGCCACUGGUUGCGGCAGCACUGCAAACCUCCGCCGCGAAUGCUACCACCGGCGGCGUCGACGGCAGCGGUAACAAUAACAGUCCACCAAAGAAGUCCCUUCCGCGGGGCAACCGAACGCCCAAGAUGAUCUGUCACGUGUUCGAAAGUGAGGAAGCCCAGUUCAUAGCGCAAUCGAUUGGGCAGGCGUUCCAGGUGGCGUACAUGGAGUUUCUCAAGGCAAACGGAAUUGAGGACCAUAGCUUUAUGAAGGAAAUGGACUACCAGGAGGUGCUGAACAGUCAGGAGAUCUUCGGGGACGAGUUGCAGAUCUUCGCCAAGAAGGAACUGCAGAAGGAGGUUGUGGUACCGAAGGCCAAGGGCGAGAUCCUAGGGGUGGUGAUCGUAGAGUCGGGCUGGGGCUCGAUGCUACCGACCGUUGUCAUUGCGAAUUUGGCUUCGUCCGGAGCGGCUGCGCGGUGCGGUCAGCUGAACAUCGGCGAUCAGAUCAUUGCGAUCAACGGGUUGAGCUUGGUGGGAUUGCCGCUGUCGACGUGUCAGGGGUACAUCAAAAACACCAAGAACCAGACGGCGGUCAAGUUUACGGUGGUGCCGUGCGCGCCGGUCGUGGAAGUGCGGAUAAAGCGGCCCAACACGAAGUACCAGCUGGGGUUCAGCGUGCAGAAUGGGGUGAUUUGCAGUUUAUUGCGCGGUGGCAUUGCGGAACGAGGUGGGGUCCGCGUUGGCCACCGGAUUAUCGAAAUCAACAACCAAAGCGUGGUGGCUGUACCACACGAAAAGAUCGUCAACCUACUAGCGACAUCUGUGGGCGAGAUUCACAUGAAAACCAUGCCUACUUCGAUGUUCCGGCUACUGACGGGGCAGGAGAAUCCUGUUUACAUCUAAGCAGGCAUGGCAGCACCAGCCAAGGAGCAGGAGAGGAGACUGCAAGUGAUUGUGAUACGAAACCGGAGAAAGACGACGCACGCUCGCGAUGUUUGAUUGACGAUUGUUGUUGGCUAGUAGGUACAGUACUGUAUACAUUAAAGAGAAAUAAAAAAAACUCAAACAAUAGAAACUGCAUAUUCUGCAUUUAGGAAAACUAAAAAAAAAAGUUGCAAAGCAAAGACGCUUCUAAUGUUGGAUACAAUAAAGUUUUCGACGACGUGAAACCAAGAGAUUGAGAGUCGAUUAGGAAGUUAUAUAUCGAAUGAUAGUGAAUUUAAAAAAAAAACUAAACUUAAGAAGAUUUGGGGUUAAUCAGAUAUACCUUUAAGACGAGUGGAUUUCCAACCAAAACGCAAAACGAUUCCUCAGUGAAGUUAGACGAAUAAUGGACGCAAAGAUGCUCAUGCUCAGCUUGGACUAGGACCAUGUAGCUGAUGGGGGCCUAACAAACGAUUGAGCGAAACAUACACUCACAAACACACAUACUCAUACAUGGUGGUUUGACUUUCUCUCACACACACACACCCACGCAUACAAAAAUAAAAUCAGAACACGAAUCUUCCUUCACCACGUUCACACUGUCAACUCAGCGACCAAAGUAUAUAAUUGCUCUGUAAUCUGUAAUAAUGCCUAAAUGUUUUCAAAUCUCAACAAAA